ACCUAUAUAAACCACAAACAUUCUCAAUUAAGACGCAAUAUCACAACGCACUGCACUGCUCCACUCGCUUUCUCCUCUUUGUUUUUCCAUUUCAGCGAAAAUGCCAGGUCUCACAGCACCAUCUGAUUACUCCCAGGAGCCUCCACGUCACCCUUCUCUUCUUAUCAACGCCAAGACGCCAUUCAAUGCGGAGCCACCGCGUUCUGCCUUGGGUGCCUCCUAUGUCACCCCUUGCGAUUUCUUUUACAAGAGGAAUCACGGUCCGAUACCCAUCGUCGAGGACAUAAACAGAUACUCCGUGUUCGUGUCCGGUUUGCUGGAGCGUCCCAAACAGCUCACGAUGAAAGAUAUCUGGAUGCUCCCAAAGUAUAAUGUCACUGCUACAUUACAGUGUGCAGGUAAUAGAAGGACUGCUAUGAGCAAGACCAAAACAGUGAGGGGAGUUGGCUGGAAUGUUUCUGCUAUUGGAAAUGCUAUAUGGGGUGGUGCCAAAUUGUCUGAUGUUCUAGAACUCGUUGGAAUUCCAAAGUUAACUAGUGUAACUCAAUUUGGUGGAAGACAUGUCGAGUUUGUAAGCGUUGAUAAGUGCAAGGAGGAAAAUGGAGGCCCAUACAAGGCUUCAAUACCACUUAGUCAGGCCACAAAUCCCGAAGCCGAUGUUCUGCUAGCUUAUGAAAUGAAUGGUGAACCUCUUAAUAGGGAUCAUGGGUAUCCAUUACGUGUGGUUGUUCCUGGUGUCAUUGGAGCCCGGUCUGUUAAAUGGCUGGAAGAGAUCAAUAUCAUCGCAGAAGAAUGCCAGGGUUUUUUCAUGCAAAAGGACUACAAAAUGUUUCCACCAUCAGUUAAUUGGGAUAAUAUUGAUUGGUCCACCCGCAGACCCCAAAUGGAUUUCCCAGUUCAGUGUGUUAUAUGUUCUCUAGAAGAUGUGAGCACAAUGAAGCCUGGGAAGGUAAAAAUUAGUGGAUAUGCGGCCGCAGGAGGUGGCAGAGGCAUUGAGAGAGUAGAUGUGUCUAUUGAUGGAGGCAAAACAUGGAUGGAAGCUUCAAGAUUUCAGAAAAGUGGUGUUCCCUAUAUAUCAGAGCAUGCCAGCAGUGACAAAUGGGCAUGGGUAUUCUUUGAAGUCACAGUUGAUAUUUGUCAUAGCACUGAGAUUAUUGCAAAAGCGGUAGAUUCUUCUGCUAAUGUCCAGCCUGAAAAGGUUGAAGACAUCUGGAACCUGAGAGGAAUUUUAAACACUUCAUGGCACCGGGUAAAAGUCCAAGCGAGUCUCUCAAACCUGUAAAAGUAGCACCAAUAUUUGACAUUUGGCACUUACAAAUAUCUCCUCUUUUUGCACUUACCUUUGAGCACUCAAAACACUGAACAAGGCAUCGCGACAAGCUGUGUAGUCUUUUUAUACAAAUAAGCUGUAGGAAAGGUGUUAUAUAUAACUAAUCGUUGUACUCUAGUUUCGCUGAGUUUUUCAUGGAAUAUCUGCUGCUCCUUCUCUUCAAGGAAAUAAUUUGAGAUCA